UGGACCACCUGAGGUGGCAGAGGGGAUGGCCGGCAGCAGCAAGAAGACCAUCUGGGAAGUGGAAUCGAGGACCCGGGGGAACUUUGCAGACCAAAACUAAGCACGGGGCAGGAGAGUCACCGAGGAAGCAUGGGGGGUCACAGAGACCGGUCAGAAACCUAGUUAAAUGAGCUACACCAGGGACUUGCAAGAGCUUCCAGAUGGGAGAAGGCAGGACAAGAAGAGAUCGGAAGCAGGUAUUUGGGCCUUCAAUGUGAAGAACUCUUUAAUGAUGGCGGUGAUUGAAGCAAGAAAGAAGAAGAGAGACGAAGAACUCACGGAGAACAUUGGGCUUCCCCUGAAUCUUCUUGAAAAACACAGCCCAUGGCCAGCCUAUGUCACAUACACAUCCCCGAUGGUGAGAAAACUCAUUGAGAAAAGCAAAGCCAGAGAUCUGGACUGUAUGCAAGCAUUUGAAGAAAGCCAGCAGGCCUCACGACAGAGCAAACCUUCCAGCAUAAUGCACCAGAAAAGGAGAAAGUCAUCGAAGUCUUCUGGAAACACGAUGGUCAAGGACAUGAGAAUAUUCCUGGCGCCCUCAGGAACAGGCCCCCAUUGUGCACCCCUACCCUGGGCAGCUGGGCACGGGGCUGCUGUCGGCGGCCUCUUGAGAGACCAUCUUUGAGGGUGCGUGAGGAACCCCGGGGAGCGGACCCAGACAGCCCCAGACUCACCCCAACCCAGGCUGACCCUGACCUGGGCUGGGCAGGCAAGUCUCAUUGCUGGAGGCCUUCCGCUCCCCUCCCCCAAGCAUCUAGCACCAGAACCAUCCAAACCUUAUGAACAAGAAUAAAGGUGGCCAAUCCUUCA